CAACACAUAGACUCAUACACAGUCAUUGUCAGUGGUCAAAUAAAUGCAUAGAAGGACAAAAUGGCCGCGGUUCCAAAAAACAUCAAUGCGCUCAAUAUUUAUUGAUUCCAUGCAUUAGAUAUUUUUGGUAAUAAAAGUAACGCUUAUUUUCAUAUGUGAAAGAAUUUAUAAACUGUAAAUAUAAUAAUGUCUUGGGGUAUGCCAAGCACUGGCCAGUGGAGCGCCUCAAUGGGAAUGGCGCCCGAUAUGGGCAUGGGAUCCUUAACGCCAGAACAGUGGGCAGCAAUACAACAACAAAACUGGCAGCAGUGGGCUCAGUGGCAUCAACAGUAUGCGCAGUGGCAAAGUCAAUAUGGAGAAAAGUAUACAGAGCAAAUGCAAGCUCUUCAGGGAGUUGGAAAAUUUCCACCAUUACCACCAACUGCAGCUCCACCACCAGCCCCACCAGCACCACCUCCAGAGCAGCCACCUCCUCCACCACAUGAAAACAAUCAACCAUUAUUUGGUAAAAUGGGAGGAAAGGGCAAUAAUCAACCCCCUACCCCCACCCCAGUACCAGCACCUUACCAGAAUCAACAAAAGGCAUCAGUUAAUUUUAAUAAUGCCCCAAAUAUCAACCAAAACAGACCUUAUCAAUCUGAUGUUAAUAAAGAAACACCAAAUGUUAAUGCUGAUGCCUUAAAAAAACUGGCUGAAGAAGAAAAGCUCUUUGAUAUUCAGUUUGAGAAAUGGGAACAGGAAAUUGAAAAAUGGCGUAAGGAAAAUGUUAACCAUCCUGAUAAACAGGCUUACAAGGAGUAUGAACAGAAAUUUGAGACAUGUAGAGCCCAAUUAAUGGAACGUCGGUGCCAGAUGAAAUUAAAACGAGCAAAGCUAUUAGGAAAUGGGCCACCUGCACAGCCCCAGGCUUCCAGUAGCAAUUCUGGCAGUAUGCCCAAAAAUAAUAUUAGUCAACAUAAUUAUGAUCAAAAUGUAAAGCCCAGUCAUUAUCAAAAUCAACACCAGCAAAUUCAGAAAUAUGCACCAGAAAAUAAUUCCUCGCAAAUUCAGAAAUAUGCACCAGAAAAUAAUUCCUCUUUUCAGAACCAUCCGCAUGUAAAUCAGUUGAACUAUAAUAGAAACAAAAAUAUAGACCCACAAGACAGGUAUGAGUCAUAUGCAAAUAUGGAGGAUAAUGUGAGUAAUUAUGGCUUACAUGAUGUUCCACCUCCUCCAGCCCAAAAUGACACAUCAGAAUUUUUAUCAAAAGGAAGUUCUGCUAAAGGUAUUCCUGGCUUGGAUUUGGUACUUGAGACUGAUAAAAAUCCUGCUAAGGUAAUGAAUGAUGUAAUUGAUAUUAGUAAUGAACAACCAGAAAUAGUCAACCAACCCCCUGAUGUUCAGGCACCUGAUUAUUCAACUAUAUCAAAGGGAAUUAAUAACAUACUUGGUGAUGAAAAAAUUAUGAACAUUCUGUCUAUGGUACAUGCCAAUAAUGCAACCAAUAUUCCUCCCCAUGUGGUGGGUAACCAAAUUAGUCAACAGCCAAAUGAUUCAUAUAACAGCAAGGAUAACAAUUUUAUGCAGAAUCAGCACCAGGAUAGAUAUCAAAAUAAUUAUAACAACCAGCAACAGCAUAAUAGGCAUCUACCCUAUGAUAGACAGAAUCAAAACUACCCUGCCCAGCAGAAUCAGGACAAUUACAACAAUCAACAAAUAAGUCAUAGGCAAAAUGCAUCGAGUAACAGACAGGACCAAAAUUAUCCAGACCAACAAAAUGAUUUUAACCCUAAAUAUCCACCACCAAAAAUAAACUAUGAUGAAAGACAGCCUAACACAAACCAAGAUCAAUAUUACAACAAGAAUUUUCAACCAAAUGUACCACCUCCAGUGUUUGAAAGUAGCCACACCAGACCUAGUCCUGGGCCUUUAAUGCAACCUAAUAUACAGAUAAAUAGGAUUCCCGCUUUGCUUGAUUUACCUGGACCUCGUAGUAGUGGUAAUAUUCCUCGGGAUCCUCCAGAGUCAAAUAUUAGUAGACAGCCUCUUCAAGGGAAUACUCAUACUUCCGUGAAGCACCCAUCACCCCAUCCAAAGUGGGUUGAAGAACCAUUGUUUACACCUUCAAUUAUUGUUGAGUAUGAACAUAAGCCCCUACGGUUAAAAGCUCGAGAUUUCAUUGAACCUGUUCAUAUGUUUGAUUACAAUCACAAAUCUAAAAAUGAAGAUGGACAGAAAAGAGAUUUUGAAAAAGAAGGUGACGAAUUAUUUGUAAGAAAAUCAAAACGAGAUAGAGAUGAAGAUUAUGUUAACCCUCAGAAGUAUAGAGCAGAUUACUAUAACAGAGAUUUUGAAAGAAGAGCACACAAAGAGGAUAUACGGAAUGAGCUUCGUUCAAGGCCAUCACUAAGAGAAGAUUUUGAACGAAGACGAUUGGAUGACAGAUUCGAUGUUAGGAGACGUGACGAUCGUGACAGAUACAUGAGACGUGAUGACUUUCGAGACAGCAGAGACUAUAGAGAUGACAGAGAAAGAGAACGGGACCGCGAUAGAGACAGGGACCGUUUCAGAGACUCGCGUAGAGAUAAUAGAAAUCGUAGUAGAAGUCGUGAUAGAGACACGCGAAAGAGAGGAUACAGUAGAGAAGGAAGCAGCAAUCACACAUCAAAAAAAUUCAAGGAAACUGACAAUUCUCAGGCUGAAAAAAAUUUUCAAACUAAGCAUGUUGUUAUGAUUGACGAUAUAUUAGAAUUACCAGGGCGUCAGAUAAGACCAGAAAAAAUUGUAAUAAUAAUCAGGGGACCCCCAGGCAGUGGAAAGUCAUAUCUAGCAAAGUUGAUUCGAGAUAAGGAAGCAGAACAUGGUGGUACUGCAAGAAUUAUGUCAAUUGAUGACUAUUUUAUGCAAGAAGGUGAAAUUGAGGAAAAAGAUCCUACAACUGGAAGAAAAGUAACGAAACCAACACUUAAAUACGAAUAUGAUAAGAAUUUAGAAGAUGCAUAUUUGACUUCAUUAAAACGAGCAUUUAAAAGAACUCUGACCGACGGCUAUUUCUCAUUUUUAAUAUUUGAUGCCGUAAAUGACCAAUUAAAACAUUAUGCUGAUGUGUGGAAUAAUGCGAGACAAAAUGGAUUCCAGGUGUACAUUUGUACGAUGGAACUAGAUCCGAACACGUGUUUUAAACGUAACAUCCACAAUCGUUCUUUGGAGGAUAUUCAGGAGAUUUGCUCUAAUUUUUUCCCGACGCCGACGCACCAUAUACAACUGGACGCGACGACGCUGCUGCAGAACGCAGCUAUCCCCGAUGUGACCAUGGAGGACGUUGCAGAUGAAGUUGUGAUGGAGGAUGCGGAGGAACCUGAGGUUGAAAGCAUUUUUACCUCGAAGUGGGAGAAAAUGGACGACGCUGCGCAACUAGCGCGACUCGACGGCACGAGCAAGCCUCUACGGCCCUCCCAGAUAUCCAUGGAUGACUAUCUACAAAUAGACGACUGGACGCCGAACCAGGCCAAACCGGGGAAAAAAUCUGUACGCUGGGCGGACAUAGAAGAGAGAAGACAGCAAGAGAAGAUGCGUGCAAUUGGGUUUGUUGUGGGACAAACUGAUUGGAACAGAAUGACCGAUCCCACGAUGGGAUCUAGCGCACUCACACAGACUAAGUACAUUGAGCGAGUGAGGCGCAAUUAGUUUUUAAAACAUUAUAAUGGCACCUUUUUGUCUUUUUUAUACAUACUUUUUUAUUUUCACUUUUAAAGUGAUUGGAUGUCUCGGGAAUAUUGCCAGAUGGUUUUAAUUAGUGCUUUUUUAUUGUAAAGUAAAAACAAGGCAGUGCGAUACAGAUUAGAAAAUUACAUUAUGCACUUAUAAGGAAAUAUUAUGUAUGACGAAGAAAACUUUGGUUAGGAAUAUUUGUAUUUAAGAAAUGUUAUAGUAUUUGUACUAUUUCCAUAGGUAAUUAUAAAACAAAAUACAACUGCGGUAAUGAAAUAUUAUUGAUUGAAAUUCUAUGUAGAUUUAUUCACUUCGAUCCUCCAAAGCGGUGAAUUCAAGCCAAGUUGUACGGAAAGUCAAUUCAGUUUUGGUUGGAUGAUGAACUUUAAAUAAUAUGUACUUUUGAUCACUACUAAUCGGCACAUACCCUAGAUACCCUACAUGAUUGAUUAAUAUUAAGUUUAUAGUUGCGCGGUGUUGCAUGCGCAUCGAUAAACUACUCUUACCCGAUUUUGCCCGCACAUGAUCUCUACACAACUGACUUUUCCUGCUACUCGGUGCAAACAGCAUUUUUAAAAAAAUUUCUUUCCAGAAAUUUCCUUAUUUGUUUCACCGUCAGCGGUUCAGUUAUGUGCCAAUUAUUGAUUGUAACAUGUUGAUUCCCUGCGUUCUCAAUCUUCUUGCAUGUAGUAUUCCAUGCAUGAAGUUUUUGUUUUAAUAUAUUAUGUAUAAUAGCACAAUACAAUAUCUGAUGUUUCAAUAUUACGAUUUAAAUAUUUUUAUUUGUGAGAUAUACAUUAUUGAAAUAUCGAGUCGAAUAAAUCUGCAAUAUGGUUAAUGUAUAUUCCUGAAUAUUGUGUUAGGCAACUGUGAACUUCAAGUACUUCUCUUACAUUUAUAUGUAAUUAAUCUUAGUUAUCAAAUUUAAGAGUAAAUAAAGUAAGACAAAUUUUUUGUAUGAUUUUAUUUAUGUCUAAAUAGAAAAUAUUUUUUUUUAUUACAAUUCAUCUUCGUUUGUAUCGCUAAUAUAUCCUGAAAACAUUGGACUUUGGUUGCCAUUGU